UCAGUUCAAUUGGAAUGAAAAUCCUUUCACCUUCUUCUACCUGAUACGAAUCUUAUGGUUCAACUGUUGAGAGGUCUGGAUUUAUGCGUAUAUACAGAAUACAUCAUUGAAACUCAGAUCAAACGACUAUGAGGAGCUUUUCAACUUCACUGUUUAGUUGUUUCUUCAUUCUCAUACUUGUUCUAAACCCAAUCUCAUUCACUCAUGGCAACAUGAUGGAUAUAAAAGUUUUGCAAGUCGGACAGGAGCUAAUGAAGGAAACUCUUCCAUUACAAUCUGGAUCGAGACUAUAUGAACUGCAAGGGUUGAAUUCCAAUAAGUGGUAUGAAGUGAAGAUCUCAUAUCCUGCUUCUAUACCAGCUACUUUUACUCUACAACUAAGUAAAGGAAGUUCAGGGCAAAAUGUUGGUAGGAAGUUACUGAAUACUGAAAAGAUUAUUUUUCAGGCGGACAACAGUCUUCAAUUGCUUGGUGACAAGGGAGAAAUGUUUGUCCUGGUAAAUGUGGAGCCUGAGGGAAUUGUUGCAAUACCUGGGGUAAAGGAGAGGGAACACAUCAUAUAUAAUAUAGUAUGUGAUAAGCUACUAUUUGGCAUCCCUCACCAAGCAUGGUAUGUCGUAGUGCUGGUGGUGCUCUGCUUGGCACUGGCACUUGUAAUCCCGUUAUUUCUUCCAUCAUAUCUUCUACCAAGGAAUCAAGGAUUAGAUGCUGCUAAUCAUGGUAUUUCUAAGGACUCUUGAUCAUGUUCUGGUAUGUCACCAGUGACGUAACAUACAUUCAGCAAUGGGUAGUAGAUCUUGAAGCUCAAGUAUUAGAAAACUUUCUAACUGGUGUAAGGUAGUUUUGUUAAUUGCAAAUGAUUAAGAUCUGCGUCAUUACUCAAUGCAACUCUCACAACCCCCAUCUCUUUAUGUAUUCUUUUCCCUUCUCUUGGCUGUAAACAUGGAGUUAGUUUGUUCUGUCAUUUUUCUAGCUUGAAUAAAGUAUCUGCUUGCAAAAUUUUCA